GCUCCGCCCCAAAAGCAAGCAAACGGCGGCCAUGACACUUUCUCCUCAUCGGAUCAUUGUUUACAUCAAACGGAGUGUUACAGAGGAAGUAUCUUUUAUAAGGUUGAAUGAAAUGGAUUGUAAUCUUAUUGCUACAUCUGUGAAGUUGUAAGAAGAAUGGAAAAGCGAAUUGAAAACAUUAUACAGUUCUAUCUCUGCAGUCAUCUACCUAUGAUGCCCGUUGUAUUGGUUCGGUAUCGGUAACUACCGGUACAAUCAGCGGCCACUUGUCUGCAUUUUCAAUACUGUUUUUACAAUCGUGUCUAUUUGAAUGUAACUAUCGCUUAUAUUCGUGCUUUGUUGUAUGUUGUAAGACGUCUGUGAAGUUGUGAAAUCGUGUGAAGGUGAUGCAGGCUACAGUUCAGUAACUUUAACAUGCUACUGGACAGUAGUUUAUUUUCGCUUCCAGUGUUUAACACAGUUUGAUUCAACAUGUAUCAGUCAUGGAUUAGCUAAUACAUGCAUUAUGUUUUCUAGUUUAAUGGUGUGAUAAUCGCGAUAUUUGCCUUGCAUUUCAAUCUACACAUGAAUAUGGUUCUGUAAUGUAAGGUUGGCUAUUCUGUUCCCUUGACAUUCUGCAAGCAUGAAUUCUUUACACUAAUGGAAGAUAUGUGUUCAUCAUACUAGUUGGCAAUGUAUUGAAGGAUACACAACUCUCCAUAGAUGCAGUGUGGACUUUUUACAGAUGAAACCCCUUCCAUUAUGACACUCCCUUCCUGUAUCUGUCAUAAAGGCCAAUGCAUUCUUUGUCCUUUAGUUACACAACUAAAUCUAGUAGCUGUCACUUACCUUUCAUGCUGUAGGUCUGCUCUCAUGGUGCUGAGAAUGCUUAGUACUGUAUCUGUCACUUACCUUUCAUGCUGUAGGUCUGCUCUCAUGGUGCUGAGAAUGCUUAGUACUGUAUCUGUCACUUACCUUUCAUGCUGUAGGUCUGCUCUCAUGGUGCUGAGAAUGCUUAGUACUGUAUCUGUCACUUACCUUUCAUGCUGUAGGUCUGCUCUCAUGGUGCUGAGAAUGCUUAGUACUGUAUCUGUCAUGUAUGUAUUCUCUGUAUGUAUUAGGUAUGAACCCUUGGACAUACUGGUACCUCCUGCAAUCCCUCCUGCCUCACGUCUGGCCCCUGUCCCUGAUGAUCUACCCCAGGCCCUCUUGUAUUCACCCCAGGCUUCUGAACUUGCCCCAGUGUGGUGAAGACCAGAAGAGGGUGAUGUCCUUCCUGCCUCUCUCUCGCUCUCCCUUAAACACAGCUGGUGAUUCCAGAGAUGUGGAGGUCAUCUCUCAACAAGAAGCAGCAGCAGUGGAUUGACCAGACACUGUUUACCAGGAGCCUCCUACAGAGCUCACAGUUCAUCACUGUCCUUUCCCUGGUGGGGAGAAGACCAGAAGAGGGUGAUGUCCUUCCUGUCUCCAAGGCCUGCCUCAGAAUGUGCUGGGUGGAGAACUUCAGUGUUGUUCCACAGUGCAAGACGUUCUUCCUGGAGGGGACAACUCCAAAUCUCCCAGGUAUUUUGGUUGGUGGGACAGUCCAGAACCAGAACCGCUACAAGCCGAUCUGCCAGUUGUACAAAACAAUCUACAGGUUUGCAACUCUCUACGACACGACCAACAAGAUCCCUGUGUUCUCAGCCUACACCUUCACUGGUCCUGGGGGCAGGAGACAAAGUCAGUCCUGGAAGAUAGAGCCUCAGCUUGAAAGUAUAGAUGUAGAAGAGAUGACAACCCAACAUGGGGCGAGGGUCAUCCAUCAAGCUGUGGACGCAGACUACAAUGCAAGAAUAAGUAGCAUGGAUCUGGACAGAGGUCACUUUUUCCCAUGUUCGCACGCACCUGAUGAUGAUACCAUGGCUUCCACUUUCACGCUGACAAACGCCGUUCCCCAGGAACGUGGCUUCAACCGAGGCAGAUGGAAGACAAUGGAGUGCAGAGUUAGAACGGCUCUUGAGCUUAACUGUAAGGAUAACAACAACAAGAUAAAAGCCUAUGUGGUGACUGGAGCCGUGCCCAGCAGCAGCAACAAACUGAACAACAGAGUGAACAUCCCAGAUCUCAUGUGGACAGCCUUCUGCUGUUACAACAACAACCUGAAUCAGUGGGUGGCCCAAGCACACUGGGGUGAGAACCAAAAGGAGGACAAGGGGAAAACAUUGAAACCGGAAACCUUGGAAGCACUCGAAGGCAAGUUGAACCAAAUCUACAAUGUCGGAGUCAAGGUGUUUGACAAUAAAUGUCCGAGAAAGUUUGUAUUAGAGGACAAGACAGGGAGGAACUUAGAGGCUGUAGAAGAGGUUGAGCCGGGAAAAAGAGGGUCAGGGAAGGGAGUGGAGAGGGAACAUAAAGAUGGCAAGAGUAUCAGGGGAGUUAAAGGAUUUUGA